AUGGCUGGUGCUAUCGAGCUGAAGAGGCCCGUUGGAACUCAUUGCCAUGGAAAAAAAGCAGCAUUCAUUGAGAGCCAUGAGAAACACAUAGCAAAGAAGAAACUGUUCAUCGCCUCCAUAGUCUGUCUGGUUUUCAUGAUUGGAGAAGUUAUAGGGGGUUAUCUAGCGCAUAGCCUGGCCAUUAUGACUGAUGCAGCCCACCUUCUGACUGAUUUUGGCAGUAUGAUGGUCAGUCUUUUUUCCUUGUGGAUCUCCUCGAGACCAUCAACCAAGAUAAUGAACUUUGGCUGGCACAGAUCAGAGAUUCUGGGAGCCCUGACAUCGGUGAUGUCUAUCUGGAUCGUGACUGGGGUGUUGGUGUACCUUGCCACUGAGAGGGUAGUAAAAAAUGAUUAUGAAAUUGAAGGCCAUGUGAUGCUCAUCACCUCAGGUUGUGCAGUCGUGGUCAACAUCAUAAUGGCCUAUAUUCUACACCAUUCCACGACCUUCCACAGUCAUGGUUCAGGCUACCACAAGAUUGAUGAGAAUGGGAUGAGCCCUGUGGGCCAUGGCCACUCCCACAGCCUCCUGGGUAAUCAUGGGAACACCAGUGUCAGAGCAGCAUUUAUUCAUGUUUUGGGGGAUCUCUUACAGAGCUUUGGAGUGAUGGUGGCCGCCAUCACAAUCUACUUCAGGCCAGAAUAUAAAGUAGCCGAUCCCAUUUGCACUUUCCUCUUCUCUGUGUUCGUCCUGGGCACCACCAUUACCAUCCUGAGAGAUGUCUUCCGCAUUCUCAUGGAGGGGGCUCCCAAAGGAAUAGAGUUUAAUUCAGUGAAGGAGGUGCUGCUGUCUCUGAAAGCAGUGAAGGCCAUGCAUAGCCUACAUCUAUGGGCUCUCACCAUUGGCCAGAGUCUGCUGUCUGUUCACAUAGCUAUAGAGGAGAACGCUGACCCUCAUAGUGUCUUAAAGGAAGCCACUGAACUCCUUCAGACCAAAUUUGGCUUUUACAGCACAACCAUUCAAGUGGAACCUUAUUGUGAGGACAUGAUCCACUGCGCCCAAUGCCAGGACCCUAUGGACUGA